UGUUUGGUGACACAGUUAAUACGGCCUCAAGAAUGGAAUCUAAUGGCGGGGAUAACAGAAUUCAUCUUUCACAUAGCUCAUUUUGUGCUCUAAAUUAUCUUGGUGGAUAUCAUAUGGUGAAAAGAGGAGAGAUCGCCAUCAAGGGCAAAGGAAAAAUGCCUACAUUUUGGCUGACUCGCAAGGAAGGAUUAGAAUACGAGACAGUUGGCACGCUGCCAAAUGACCCGGCUGUUGAAAGAUCGGAGAGUGGCGACUUGUCGGUUUACAAUCCGCGACAAAGCUCUGAAUCUACCCCGGGGUCACGGUACCUAGAAAAACCUGUUAGGAACGGGGGAGAAUCCGUCCACGAUAUAAUCAAGUCUGGUUCACCGGCCCCCUAGCCGAAGACCGUUAUCCACCACCG